AUGACUUCAUCCUCAUGCUCUUCGGGCCCUGCACUCCUGACCCGGUUUGUCCUCAAUCAGGACCUUCCCUUCGAAGUCCUUGCAGGUCUUGUUGUACCGGAAUUGCUCCAAGCACUUGACAAAGCUCUGCUUCGGACCGAGAGACCCCUAAUCUCGAAAGCAGGUCAGGCUACCCUGAGUAGCACUAUGCUUCACUAUAAUCACUGA